CUCCUAGGCCAGAUUCUCUCUCCGGUGGCGGGGAAUGAGGGCGGAGUCACGAGCCGAGCGGCCAAACUUCUUCCUCCCUCCGGGGCUAGCGUUACAGCCCGUGGCUCAUUUCCGGUGGGGGUGCCGCGCCCAGUGAGGGCCCGGAAGUGGGUCGCGCGAAGACCGCUGGGCGGUUCUUGCCGGAAGUGGAGAGCGGCUGAUCGCAGUCCGGAGGUGAGGCGGAACUCUUAAGCAGGUGGACCACAUUAUGGCUGACAUGCAAAAUCUUGUAGAAAGAUUGGAGAGGGCAGUGGGCCGCCUGGAGGCCGUGUCACAUACUUCUGACAUGCACUGUGGUUAUGGAGACAGUCCUUCAAAAGGAGCAGUUCCGUAUGUGCAAGCAUUUGACUCGCUGCUUGCCAAUCCUGUGGCAGAGUACUUGAAGAUGAGUAAGGAGAUUGGGGGAGACGUGCAGAAACACGCGGAGAUGGUCCACACAGGCCUGAAGUUGGAGCGAGCUCUCCUGGUCACAGCUUCUCAGUGCCAGCAGCCAGCUGGUAAUAAACUUUCUGAUUUGUUGGCACCUAUCUCGGAGCAGAUCCAAGAAGUUAUAACCUUCCGGGAGAAGAACCGAGGCAGCAAGUUUUUUAAUCAUCUAUCAGCUGUCAGUGAAAGCAUCCAGGCCCUGGGCUGGGUGGCUCUGGCUUUGAAACCUGGCCCCUUUGUGAAAGAGAUGCUUGAUGCAGCCAUGUUUUACACAAACCGAGUCCUCAAGGAGUACAGAGAUGUGGAUAAGAAGCAUGUUGACUGGGUCCGAGCUUAUUUGAGUAUAUGGACGGAGUUGCAGGCUUACAUCAAGGAGUUUCAUACCACUGGCCUGGCCUGGAGCAAGACGGGGCCUGUGGCAAAAGAACUGAGUGGAUUGCCAUCUGGACCCUCUGUGGGAUCGGGCCCACCUCCUCCCCCACCGGGCCCCCCUCCUCCCCCAGUCCCUACCAGUUCUGGCUCUGACGACUCUGCCUCACGAUCAGCACUGUUUGCACAGAUUAAUCAGGGCGAAAGCAUCACACAUGCCCUGAAACAUGUAUCUGAUGACAUGAAGACUCACAAGAACCCUGCCCUGAAAGCUCAGAGUGGUCCAGUUCGGAGCGGCCCCAAACCCUUCUCUGCACCUAAACCCCAAACGAGCCCCUCCCCCAAACCAGCCACAAAGAAGGAACCAGCUCUGCUGGAACUGGAAGGCAAGAAGUGGAGAGUGGAAAACCAGGAGAAUGUUUCCAACCUGGUGAUUGAGGACACUGAGCUGAAGCAGGUGGCUUAUAUCUACAAGUGUGUCAAUACAACAUUGCAAAUCAAGGGCAAAAUUAACUCCAUUACAGUAGAUAACUGUAAGAAGCUGGGCCUGGUGUUUGAUGACGUGGUGGGCAUUGUGGAGAUAAUCAAUAGUAGGGAUGUCAAAGUUCAGGUGAUGGGAAAAGUGCCAACCAUUUCCAUUAACAAAACAGACGGCUGCCAUGCUUACCUGAGCAAGAACUCCCUGGACUGUGAGAUAGUCAGUGCCAAAUCUUCUGAGAUGAACGUCCUCAUUCCUACAGAAGGCGGUGAUUUUAACGAGUACCCAGUCCCCGAGCAGUUCAAGACCCUGUGGAAUGGACAGAAGUUGGUCACCACAGUGACGGAAAUCGCUGGAUAAGCGAAUGCCUGGGUCCUGUGCCCUCUCCCUUCGCACCAUGGGAUACAUCUGUAUGGAGACGGUUCUUUUCUAGAUUUCCUCUACCUUUCUGCUCUUAAACUGCUUCUCUGCUCUGAGAAGCCCAGCUACCUGCCUUCACUGAAAUAUACCUCAGGCUGAGAGGGGCGGGACAGCGGGUCAGUGGAUCUUCACCGGAAGGCGCAGCUUCUCCGUAUCAGCGCAGCUGCACCACGGUCUGAGCUUAUGGAGCUGCAGGCCCGGAUUGGGGCACUGAAGCUUUCAGCUUUGGGGGUCAUUCUACCAACAAACAGUCCUUGAGGGUUCAAACAUCCUGGAAACAAACAUCAGAAUGCAUACUAUUCUCCUAACAGGGAGCAUGGGAUAGCAGGAGCCAGGGAUUCUAUUAGGUUCUAACCAAUCUAGGUUUUCAUUGUUGACAAGUGAGGCCAGGGUUGCACUUGACCAAAAGCUAAGGAUUGUCACCCAGCAUUCCAAGCAGGCUUGUUUCCUAAAAGCAUCCUUCAUUUGCAUUCCAUCCUGGGUCAGCACCAACCACAACAUAGCAGGCAUUCCGCUUGCAGCUGCAGUACAGUAGCAGUACCCUUUUUUGAGGAAAAAAGUCUUAAACCCUUCCACCCCCUGGGAUAACUGCCUUGAUUCCCAUGGGGAACAGCUUAAAAAAAAAAGGGUCAAAAACCAACACAGCAUUCCAAGGAGUCUGGUGUCCUUCUUUCCUGCCAGAUGACUGUCACCGCCCCUCUCUCUGUGUGCCACUCAGCAGCUUAGGGGCUCUGCAGGAACCUGACUAGGACUACAGCCUCCACUGCAGCUGCUGAGGUCUUGAUUUACACCAGAAUCUUGCACAGCAUUAGUACCGCAAAUCCCAGUUCUCCCUCUAGGACACACUGACCAAAAUAUGCAACCUUUUUUUUUUUUUUUUUGAUGGGAAAAGAGGAAGAGAGAUUGUCCUGUGACUUCUGCCCAUUACCUGAGGCCUGUGGAAAUAAACCUUUAUGUACUUAAAAUUAUACAGAAAAUAGAAUAAAGUUAAUACCAAACUUG